UAAGAAAUGAUAAAUUAUUGGAAAAAUUAAUUAAAAUCUGUGUAAAUUGCAACUGUUUAUAGUUACUCAAUGAUCCCCUUAUGAUUGAAAACAAAAGACAUUUGUUAGCCGCCGUUUUCCCUUUCUUCAUUAUCAAAGUUAUCUACAUUUGUUUGUUACAAUCAUUCAGUCAUAUUUUUUAUUUCUAUUGUUUGCUUUGUGCUUUGUCUAAAUAAUUGAUAAUAAAUUGACAUCGUAAGAUCAUAAGAUGAUAUUAUCAAGUGAAAUCAAAUAAACGUAAAAGGAUUUUGUGAUUUUUUCUGUAAAAAUGUUGCUACCUCUUAACCAGCUACUUUUCAAAGAUAUUGCCAAACGCUAUAUAACAUACUCAUGGACCCAUUUUUCAACAUCAUCUUCUGCUUCAUCGUCUACAGUCAAACCAAGAUUCCUUCAGGAUUCAUUUGGUCGUAAACAUGACUACUUGCGAAUCAGUCUUACUGAAAGAUGUAACUUGAGGUGUUCAUAUUGUAUGCCUGAAAAUGGAGUAAUUUUAUCACCAAAGGAAUCUUUGCUGCAGAGAGAUGAGAUUAUCCGGCUUGCUAAGUUAUUUGUUGCCUCGCUCGGUGUCAAGAAAAUCAAAUUAACUGGAGGUGAGCCGUUAGUCAGGUCAGAUUGUAUUCAAAUUGUUGCUGAUCUAACUGCUCUAAAAGCUUCUGGUUUGUUAAAUAUUGGCAUAACCACUAAUGGUCUUGUUCUUGGUCGUUCAAUUAAAAAGCUUGUUGAAUCAGGACUUGACUCUGUAAACAUAUCUCUUGACACUUUGAGACCGGAAAAGUUUGAAUUUAUCACUCGUAGGAAAGGUUUCAGUGCUGUUUUCAAUUCAAUUGAGCGAUGUCUGGAAGCCGAUUUACCUAAAACAGUAAAGAUUAAUUGUGUUGUGAUGAGAGGUUUAAAUGAUGACGAGAUACUUUCCUUUGUUGAACUUACUCAACACAAGAAGUUAGAGGUUCGAUUCAUCGAGUACAUGCCUUUCGAUGAUAAUAAAUGGUCUUAUGGAAAAAUGUUUCCAGCACAUGAAAUAAUGGCAACAAUCAAGAGCAAAUAUGAAGUAAAAUCGUUACCCAAAGAUCAUCCAAGUGAUACUGCUCAGCUUUUUCAAGUUAACGGGUUUCAAGGUAAAAUCGGUUUCAUUGGAUCAAUGACACAAAAUUUUUGUGGAGCCUGCAAUCGUCUUCGAAUAGCUGCAAAUGGUAACCUUAAGGUUUGUCUCUUCGGAUCUGAAGAAGUUUCAUUAAGAGACCCACUAAGAUCAGGUUGGAGUGAUCAAGAGAUAAUCAAGUUGAUCCAGUCUGCAUUAUCUAAAAAGCGUGAACGACAUGCAGGAGCCAUCAAUAUUUCAAAAUCAACAAACAAACCGAUGAUCUUAAUUGCUAAGAGGAUGUUUUCGACCUCUCCGUCGACUACAACAAGCAAGAAAAACGAUAAAAGCGAUGGUAAGGGUGAUGUUUCGGAAAAUGAAUCUCAAUUAUUGGAUGGUAAUCAAUUGAGUCAUAUUAAUAAAUAUGGAGACGCAGAGAUGGUUGAUAUUUCGGAUAAAAAGGUUACCCAGCGUUUUGCCCAUGCCUCUGGAACAAUUUCAACUGGCUCUAAGGUCAUCUCGCUGAUUAAAAAUAAUCAAGUGAAAAAAGGUGACGUUUUGUCCACUGCUCGAAUAGCUGGUAUAUUGGCUGCUAAAUCAACAUCUAAUUUAAUCCCAUUGUGCCAUCCUCUUCCUCUGACCAAGAUAUCAUUGGACUUUACAGUGAGAGAAACAGAAAUUGAAGUCAAUUGUUUUGUUACAACAAUUAAUCGAACAGGAGUCGAAAUGGAAGCUUUAACUGGAGUUUCAAUCGCUGCUCUGACAAUUUAUGACAUGUGUAAAUCAGCAAAUAAAUCAAUGGUAAUCAAAGACAUCAAACUUAUACAGAAAACUGGAGGAAAAUCGGAUUACCAUGUUGAUUGAAGAAUCAUAAUUCUAACAAGGGAAGUGACCUUGCUUGUACGGUCAUUUUCGAUUUUUUUCGAGUUUAUGUUUUAGAGGACGAAAAAUAAUUAGACACGUAUUUUUGCUUUUUUUACGCCGGUGCGCGGUUAUUGAUAUUUCGGCACUUUUAAUUAAAGAUAGUAAUGAAUUCCAGUCACUGAGAAGCAAGUAAAACAAUGAAAAACAGAAAAAUGAAAAAUCUUAAUAAAAAUUGUGAAUCACUUUUCAGUGACUUCAAUAGAUUUCAAUGCAAUAUCCUCACUUAAAAGUGCCUAAAUAUCAAUAACCGCGCACCGGCGUAAAAAAAGCAAAAAUACGUGUCUAAUUAUUUUUCGUCCUCUAAAACAUAAACUCGAAAAAAAUCGAAAAUGACCGUACAAGC